AUGAUUCAAGUCCCCAGGACGACUGUUGCUGCUGUUUUAAAUAACAAAAUCAAAGGUUUAGAGGUUAGGGAAAUCCCAGUGCCUUCAUUAUAUUCAGAUGAAAUCUUGGUUGAUGCUACAGCUGCCUCUAUAAAUGCCGUGGAUUACUACCAUAUAGAUCAAAAUUGGUCUCCAGACGGAUCGGUAUUUGGGAUUGCAGUUAGUGGUAAAGUCUUAAAGGUUGGCGAAGAUGUUUCGAGAUUUAAGCCUGGAGACUUCAUUGCCAGCUUCAUCCAUGGUGGUGAUUAUACCUCACCUGCUAAGGGGGCAUAUUCAAAAAUCGCAGUGGUACAGGAAGUCUAUUCUAUUAAAGUUAAUCUGCUUCAGCUAGGUAGUUUGGACUACAUUGCAUCAAGCGAGGUAAAGACAUUUGAAGGUGCCUGUUCUCUAGUUAAUACACUUGUCACUAUGGGGGUCAGUUUAUUCCAUACCUUAGGAGGAUCUUUUGAUGAACCUCAAGAUAAGUCUUUUUUGAUAUAUGGAGGAUCGACAGCAACAGGUUUGAUUGCAACCCAAGUGGCCAAAAUAUUUGGUUGGAGGGUCAUUUCCAUAGCCUCUAAGAAGCAUAAAAACUUGAUGAAGGGUUUUGGAGCUGAUUUUCUCGUAGAUUACCAUGACGCUGACUUCGUGCAACAAGUAAGAGCCAUUGACGCUGAUAUAACAAUUGCGUUACAUACAGUCGGAGGAGAAACUACUUUACGCUCAGUUAUAGACUGUGUAUCAGACUCACUGCCAACAAAAAUUGAUUCAUUGAUUGUUAAAGAUUUUGCCCAUCUCGAAAGUUUAAAAUCUAAUGUAAGUUAUACGAUGACAAGAGCAUUCACUGCGAACGGGCGGGAUGUCGUCUAUUCUAAUGGUGAUACUUACCCAGCGCCCGCAGGAAUCAAAGAGUCUACUACAGUAUUUUUAUCACAAAUGGAAAAGCUUAUAAAUAAGUACACUCUUAAACAUAUCCCCAUCCUUGUGCAUCCAGGUGGUUUAUCGAGCAUUAAUGAGGCCCAUAAGAUUAUAAGAAGUGGUGGGAUCAGCGGAGCCAAAUUGGUGAUAAGAAUAGAUUAG